CGGCGCCUAAAAUUAGGGUUCGCAACGCUGCUAGGCUUCUGUCUUCACGCUCACACAGGCAAAGAGCUGCACAAAAAGCUUCAAGAUCUAAACCCCUAGCCAUGUCUCUGGUAGCGAACGAAGAAUUUCAGCACAUUCUGCGUGUGCUCAACACAAAUGUUGACGGCAAGAAGAAGAUCAUGUUUGCCCUAACCUCCAUCAAAGGUAUCGGUCGUCGUUUCGCCAACAUUGUCUGCAAGAAGGCCGAUGUCGACAUGAACAAGAGAGCUGGAGAACUCUCUGCUGCGGAGCUUGAUAACCUCAUGACCAUUGUGGCGAAUCCUCGCCAGUUCAAAAUUCCAGACUGGUUUUUGAACAGGAAGAAGGAUUACAAGGAUGGGAGGUAUUCUCAAGUUGUUUCCAAUGCAUUGGACAUGAAGCUGAGGGAUGACCUCGAACGCCUGAAGAAGAUCAGGAACCACCGUGGUCUCCGUCACUACUGGGGUCUCCGGGUACGUGGGCAGCACACCAAGACUACCGGACGCAGGGGAAAGACUGUUGGUGUCUCCAAGAAGCGAUAGUCUGCUUUUGCAAUUUCUAUUUCUUAAGCUCCUUGCUGAUGAUGUUUUCAUUUUAGCUUGAGAAAUUUUGCUUCUUUAGUAUAUCUGAGAAUGUCUUUGAACUCUGAAAAUACCUGUUUUGGAUUAUUUCUGGGACGUAUUUGUUAUUUUAACUGAGGCAUAGUUUCUUUAAUUGUAAUUUCCAAAGUGAAUGUGUUCCAAAAUUCUGAAGCCCUUUGUUUUGGUGUCA